CCAUUGUUCUCGACUUCUUCUUCGUCAGGCUAAUCUAAUUUUUAACUGGUCGUCGCCUCGUCGGUCAUAAAGUUUGGAUUUAUAAACAGAGUCAGCCAAGACGUUGUUGAAAGUAAAUCCACUUUGUUAUGGGCUUUGAGGACUCUCCGUGUCAAGAAGCUCCACCUUCUUCACGUUCACCAGCUGAUUUCCAUGACCCCUUCAUGUAUACCUCCUCCUAUGUUCAAUUCUCCUUUUUCUAUUAUCAUUUCGUGCCAAGAAACUUUGCAACUGGGCUUGAACAAAGUGAGAUCCAUGCAAUCCAGGAGUCGGAACAAGCAAGUAUAAGUGAGAGCCUUCUCAAGUACCAUGAUAUCUGCAUAGAUGAAGGAGUUAUUGAACAAGAUGUGGAUAUGUCAUAUCUUUCAGCAAAUAAUGUGGGGGAAUGGAUUGUGGAACUUAUCUGUCAAAACAAUAUCAAAAAGCUUAUCCUGGGAGCAACUGCUGAUUCCCAUUACUCCGAGGGCAUGACUCAUAUCACAUCUACAAUAGCUGAGUAUGUGAUUCGACACGCACCUGAUUGCUGUAAAAUAUGGCUUGUAUGUAAUGGCAACAACAUCCAAACGAGGGAGGGACGGUUUGAACUUGCGGGUUCAUCAUACUCCUACUCUGAAUCCUCAAGCAGCCUUCAUAGCCUUGAUUCUGCUCUGAUACCAUAUGAGGCAGCAGGAAGAGCUGAACGUGUCAGUGAGCCACAUCCCCUAUCGUCAUCUGAAGAACGAUCAGCUAGUGGGGUUGAGACGAUGUACUACGAGGAGCAGAGACGGAUAUUAGAAAUUGAGGAACUAAAGAGAGAAAAGGAGCAACGCGAUAAGAUGAGGUGUGAAAGGGAGGAAACUCUCUCAAGUUCCUUUGGUGUCACUCAGAAACUGUACAGUGAAGAAGUAAUUCGCAGGAGAGAAGCGGAGGUGGAACUAAACAGAGCGAAAGCAGAAAUUGAAGAUAUGAAAAGGGUCCAAAAGGAACACGAAGAACAGCAUUAUACUGAUUGUCGUCUGUUAGAAUUGAUCCAGAAAGAGCGAGACGAAGCUAUAAAAACAUGUGAAGAGCUUUUGAUACAUCUAAACCUGGAUAAGGCCGUCUCAUCAUCACAUUCACCAUCAUCCCCGUUGCAGUGGUCUCUUUCCGACGAGCCUCCCCAAUGUUUCCUAUGUCCCAUUUCAAAGGAGAUUAUGCAUAAUCCUCAUGUUGCAGCCGAUGGUCACACCUAUGAAGCAGAGGAAUUCAAAAGGUGGCUCCGUCACGGAGGUGAAAAAUCACCGAUGACAAACCUUCUGCUCGAGAAUGACAAUCUCACCCCGAAUCUUGUUCUUCGUUCAGCCAUUAGAGACUGGGUGCAACGGCACCCAUAUUUCUAUGAUUCGUCUUAGGAUACAUAUGAUGCUGAUUGUGUUGUGUGAUUCAUUGAAUGUGUUAUGAAAAAUUUAAUAAAAAUUCCUUUAUUCACAGGGGAAAAA